CCUCACAACCAUCCAACAUGGUCGCCCGUGUCUGCAAGCUCCUUAUCAAGGAUCCCGACCAUCCCAACAAAGUCUACCAUCAGUGGGCGACAAUGAUUUCGCCUGGAACUAAGCCUGAAACGUUCAGGGGGGAUCUUCUCCCCGAGACGGACUCCACCGUCAAUUACAAGCUCUCUGUGGACCCCGAGGACCCCGAGGACCCCGUGGAAUAUUAUUCGCUGGAGCAGGUUCUGGCGUUUGCUCUCGAGUACCUGGCCAGCGGCUCUGACGGGCCCGCCUGCCCCCUUCCCUGCGCCUCGUGGGAUGCGGAGAAGCAGAGGCUGACCCUCACCAUUGUGCGCGAGUCCAAGCAGGACCCCAUCAAGAAGCCCAAGAAGAGCAACGCGAAAGAGCCCAUCACUCGCGUGCGAACGCCGGACUCAGCGCUGUUCAUGGAGGCCGUCCGUCGCUUCUACCCCUUCGCCAAGCGCGGCCCUGGCGAAGGCCCCCGCCUGCUCAACACCAGACUGGCCGCCAAUGGCGAGUUGAAAAAGUAUUGGCAAGACAAGAUGGCCGCGGCCUACGCCUGGAGCCUGAAGCGGGGCAUCACGUUGUCGCGCGAAGACUUCCAGGCCGACUGGACAAAGAAGGCAACCGACUUCAACGCCAAGCGCACCACUUACGAGAAGACGACCGCAGCCGCCCGCGCUGUCAAGGACAAGAACCAGCCCAAGAAUGAGCGUGGCUGGUACAAGAACGCAUGGCGCAGCCAGUGGGGCAAGAUGUGGGACGGCUACAAGCGCGACCCUGUGCGCUUCACGGCUGGCGAGAAGCAGACGCUGACGGAAGAGGAGGGACCGCUGGCCAAGGCCUUGAGCGGCCUCUCUUCAAAGACCAAGCGCUCCUCUCUGGGGUCCACAGGCGCCGUCUACGUCGCGGCCGCGCCCCAGCCCAGCCCGCCCAUGCCCCCGCCCAUGCCCCAGUCCAGCCCAGGCGCCAUCGGCAAGCUGGCCGCGGCGGGUGCCGAGCGCAUGAAGGCGCUGGGCGACAAGAAGCGGACGGAUGCGCAGAAGCGCAAGGAUGAAAGGACGGCCGAGGCGCCAGCUAAGAAGCACAAGGGCGAUGAGGCGGUAGCCCCCGCUGCCAAGGCCAAGACCAAUGCCAAGACUGCCGCUGAGGGCAAGGCUGCCAAGGUUCCGGCCGCGAAGGCUGGCAAGGCCGCCAGGGGCAAGGCCGCCAGGGGCAACGCAGCCAGGGGCAAGUAGACUGCCAAUGCUGGUGCUACAUGGAUUGUACAAUGUUCGGACUAGGCCUAGUAUGGCUUAUUCUGGACUUAGCUACCGAGCAUUAGGAUGUUUGGACCCUGUGUAGACCACCUAGCGGUAGUAUGUUUGGACCCUGUGUAGACAUCCACUCCAGCAUGAGCGAGUGGCAUUUGAGGACUGCUGUGCUGCAUGUGCAUGACAGUGAGACUGUGAUGGGCGACAGAGCGCCUUUGACUGUGAUGCACUUACUGUCAGAUCGUAGUUGCGUGGAAAGCGAGUGAGAUGGUCGGUUCAGGUAAUCCUGAAACAUGUGUGCAGCCAGGGUCCGCCGCAGAUGUGGGAUAGAGGCAGUGUAACGUGCUCUGGAAUGAAGAGUUUCAUGUGUUUCUCCGUGGAUUGUACGGUUCCCCCGUGUUUCUGUUUUCGAAUCGCGUCUCAAGACGCAGUGCGUCUCGUGCAUCGCGUGCGUGUGAGACGCGGCGCGUCUAGGGUAUCAGGCUAGCGUCUGGUGUGACGCAUCGCGUUAGCUAAGACGCGCUCUCCAUGCAAUUGUACCGCGUCAUGACUCUGUCGCACUAAAAGCGCAGCACCCGUAAAAAACCGGGAACUAUAAAAACCUUUGCGCUGUAACGCGGGCUGUCACUGAGGCACUGGCCACGAUGCAGCUGUAUGACGACAGACCUGCACCGCUUUGACCUUCCCAGGGUAUGAGCACGGAGCGUGGAGAGGCUGGACGGCCGCCACACCCGACCCUGUAUACCAGCCGCUGUCCUGGGCACUUGCGGGGUGAUCAAGAUGCGCCUGCGGCGAUCACAGCAAUAGUCGGAGAUACCAGAGGUGUGGUCGAGAGAUGAUUCAGUCGUAUGUACACGGAGAACUGGGGAACCUGUAAAGGAAAGGGAUAGGGAGAGAGAGAAGGGAGAGAGACUUGGCGGCCGGCAGGCCGGACCUGCACGAGAGAAAGAGGGGAUAGAAGCCGUAGCCUCAGGCGGAGCCUGGGCGUAGUUGUUAGGGCGUGUAGAACGCCAGAGGUAUUUGGAUAAGAGAGAGGAGCGAGACUACCCUAUAAGGCUGAGUACCCGCUGGAGUCGUACGCGCUGCUGAUGCGCAACCCGGCUGAGCUGAGCAAGCUAAGCUCCCAGGCAGGCAAGUCUGUACAACAGGUAUGUGCGUUUACAAGCAAGCAAUCCUAUGCGAGUGCUACAGACUGCAGGCACAGGCAGGCAAGUCGGUACAACAGAUGCGAGCUGCUGGCACCCAAGGCUGGUGGAUACGGUAUGCAGACCAGAUGGCUGGCAGAAGAAAGCAGGAGCCGGGUGCGGUAGUCAGUCGCAAUCUCGAAGGGAGACCGGUGGAGGGAGAAGGGAGGCAGAGGCUGGAUCACAGUAGGAUGUUGCAAUCUCGAAGGGAAACCGGAGAAGGGAGAAGGGAGGCAGAGGCUGGAUCACGGUAGGAAGUCGCAAUCUCGAAGGGAAACCGGAGAAGGGAGAAGGGAGACUGUAGGCGCCGGGGUGACGGGGGAAGCCUGACACACUAGAGGCCGCGCACUAUGGCGAAGGGCUUAGGUCCAGU